GCCGGUACUCCGCUGUCAUGGCGCCGAACGUAAACAAUAGCGGUCGCGUCGUUCUGACCGCGUUCGGCUAAGCUGACCGACGACGGCUAACGCGACGGUGGAACCGCACCCGUCACCCGAAGGUGCACCCAGGCAGCAGGGAAAUAUGUCUGCAGGGAAUAAGGCCAUAGAGCUGCAGCUUCAGAUGCGGCAGAAUGCGGAGGACUUGCACAGCUUCAUGAGGGAGCUGGACAGCUGGGAGAAGGAGAUCAAGCAGAAGGACGAGGAGCUGAGGACAGGAGGGCUCCAAGAGGCUCAGACAAACCUCCCGCCCGUGCGUAACAAAGACUACAGAAAGAAGAGAAGGGAGAAGAAAAAAUCCACAGGCAACGGGCAUCUAAAGAUCGAGGAACCCAAGCAAAUGCCCAGAAUAAAAUCACACGACUAUCAAGCAUGGGAUAAAUUCGAUGUGGAUAAGGCUUUGGCAGCGAUGAAUAAGGAGGAUAGCCCGGUGGAGUCAAAUGAGUCGGACUCAGAGGAAGGUGCAAUAGCUGUGGAUCAGGAGUGCGCGCUGGCCGAGAAGACAACUGGUAACAGGCUGUUCAAAGAGGGGAAGUAUGACGAUGCUAUUGAGUGUUACACCAGAGGAAUGAGUGCAGACCCUUACAACCCCAUUCUUCCAGUAAACCGGGCUGCGUGCUUCUUCAGACUCAGAAAAUUUGCUGUGGCGGAAUCAGAUUGCAACUUGGCGAUUGCGCUGGACAGUAACUACUUUAAAGCGUUUGCUAGAAGAGGGGCAGUGAGAUUUGAACUGAAAAAAUAUGAAUCUGCCCUGGAAGAUUAUGAGAUGGUUCUCAAACUAGACCCUGGAAAUGUGGAAGCCCAGAAUGAGGUGAAGAAAAUUAAAGCGGCAUUACACUCUGAGGGAGCCACAGUCCCAUGUGAAGCCACAGCCCUGAAAGAGGCCCCUGUGAUGGAUCCCAAGCAACAGAGACUGAUCGAAGAACAGCAGAAAAGGCAGGAGGCAGUGAUGCAGAAAGACAGAGGCAAUGCCUAUUUCAAAGAGGGAAAAUAUGAAGCUGCUGUGGAGUGCUACAGCAGAGGCAUGGAGGCAGACGGUACCAAUGUUCUCUUACCAGCCAAUCGAGCCAUGGCUUAUCUCAAGCUGGAGAAGUAUAAGGAGGCGGAGGACGACUGCAGUGCAGCCAUAUCCCUGGACAACACAUACUCCAAAGCGUUUGCCCGCCGAGGGACUGCGAGGAUGGCUCUCCGAAAGCUCACCGAGGCCAAGCAAGAUUUUCAGGAGGUGCUGAAACUCGAGCCAGGGAACAAGCAGGCGUUGAACGAGCUCCAGAAAAUCCAGAUUGACAUGGGUACCUGUGGUCCCUUAGAAACACAGGAAGAGACACCAAGGAGAACCGUCCAGCCGGUCAACAAGCCACCUCACUUGCAGUCAACUAAACCGCUGAGGAGGCUUGACAUCGAAGAGGUUGGCGGUAAGACCCUGGAGCCAAAGGAACACUCCAGACCCCAAAACUGUGCGCCCGUCGGCCGGGACGUGGCAAGGGAGGACCAGGGCAAAGCCUCCCCGCUGUCAACAUCCCCCAGCGCCAAGAUGAUAAAGAUCGAGGAGAUCUCAGACGUCCCCUUAUGGUCACCUGCCCAAGGUCCUGAAGGGGAUGGCGUCAGUGGACAGAUAGAGGAGAAACCAGGAAAGGACACCAUCAGUCUGCCAGAGACACCAGCUGCAUCCUCGUCUGCAGAACCAGAAACCCUUCUUCCUCCUCCAACCAACAGCUUCCAGCUGGAAGCGGACUUCAGGAAGAUCGGAAAUCAGCCCGAAAUGAUUUACAAAUACCUGAGGCAAAUCAAGCCGGAGGGCUACGCCAAGAUCUUCCAGAACUCCCUUGAAUCUGACAUCCUCAAUCAGAUCUUGACGGCGCUGCAUGAUUUCUACACCAAGAAUGAAGAGCCAGUGCUCAUACUCGAGAUCCUGCAGAGUCUAGCGAGUGUGCGGCGGUUCGACAUGGUUGUCAUGUUCAUGUCCUCCCCAGAGAGGAGAGUUCUCCAGGAGUUGUUUGAGUUUCUUCGCCAAGCUGACCUGGACGGAUCCUCCGUUGGAGCGCUACAGAAGAAAUACGGCGUGUGACACUGAAAAUGUCAC